AUGACACACCCGCUGGUGCCAUUGGAGUCUUUGUCGCGUGUGCGCGACAGACAGUACAUCUGUGUCAAGGCCAUGGUGGUGGAAAAUCCUGGAAGCACUGAGAGAUUGACCGGCAGUGGCCCGUUGUCGGUGUGCAAUGCCGUCGUCCAAGAAGGGACGACGCGUGUGAGGUGUGCCUUCUGGAGAGAGAUGGCAGAGAAGUUGGCCGCUGUGGCUGUGGACUCUUGUGUUCUGUUGUAUCAAGUGCUUGUGUCCAAGAAAGCUGGAGACGAGGCUUCGUGGGAACUCGGCUCCUGGCGAGGAACGCAGAUUUUGCCCUGUCCGCGCGAUUUGGCAGAUCAGAUGACCGCAACUUUGGCUGACAAGGAGGCCUGCCGGAUGUUGACCCAUGUUCCCGUCAAGGACUACAAGAACUGUCCGGCUGUUGCGACCUCGUUGAGUGCUCUCAUGGGCGUCAUCGUCCCCGGAGCGGUGAGGAAAGUGGAGACUGUGUUCGAAGUCGUUGGCCUGCAGGCGCACGCCACUGCGCCAACGGAGCGUCGACUUGCUCUGCGACUCACGGUGGCAGACUCGAACGCACAGUGCAGCCUGAUGAUCUAUCAUGAAGGUAUUUUGGCUGUUGCCAAGCUGCUGAACGUUGAGCUGACCACAUCGUUGCAGGACACGCGGAGUUUGAGAACGCAGCUUCGUGAUAUGUUUCGAAGUGCUCAAUGGACUUGUCGUUUCACAUUCCGUGGCAAUGAAUACCAAGAAGUGCUGGAACUUGAUCUUCGGCAUCUGGAACCUUGUUUGGUCACAACACGUGAAGCAGUUGCCGCAACCUCGCCGGAGCUGUUGCGACGCCCAGUGACACAUCAUCAUAUGCACGCAGGCUGUCCGGUGGUCUCCCUUCGUGAUGUGACAGAAGACAAAGACCUGGGAAUGUUUACCUUUGGGCGUAUCGAUUGCACCGCAAUGCGGGCUUUGGUUGCCUUCAACGAGGUCGACUUGGCAGAUGAUGAAGCUUUGCAGCAGGAUCCAAACACGACCUCGGCCAUUCGUGUCAAGAGGUCUGUCGAUUGCCUGUUGUCGCAGCGCGCUUCGGACAUGCCUUUUCGGGCCAAGCUCCGUUGCGCUGGCCCUUCUUCGGCCGUGAACUGGAUGCUCCGAGGAUCCGCAGGUCAAGUCUUCCAAGUGGUCCUUGGCCAGACCGACAGUUUUGGAGAAUACUCGGUUUUGUGGCAUGUGCCGGUCGUGCAAGAACGAGUUCCUGAAGUGACAGCUUUCUGGGAAUUUCUCAGCACCACUGAAUCCAAAGAUGCAGGCUUUCAGUUUGACAAGGAUUGGGAGACGCCGUUGAAGCGUCUGCGAGGUCUGCGUGACGGGAUGCCCGAGCAGGAACGUCACAGCGAUGCCUGGCACAGCGGAGAUGCCGACCUGUUGGUCAAGCAGACGACGGUAGUGAUUCCAUGGAGACUGGAUCUCUCGCUUCGCAGCCCAGCCUUUCAGGAGAUCUACGGCCUGCUGACCAAAUUGAUCGCCAAUGGCCUGACCCAGUUGAUCCUCCUCAGGUUUGCACAGCUUCGCAAGGAGAAGCUGACUGAGAAGGUGCUGUUUCCGUCCCGCAAGGGACGACACCAGCGUCUGGAUCUUCAGACUUUGAUCCAGCGGGCAGAGGAGGAUUACAUAGAUUUCCAGGACGUAUCCACGCUGGUGGAGAUUGACGAGUACGUCAAGACACACUGCAAGUCGUCAAACAAGCCGAGGACUCUAACCGAAAAGAGAAAGUGGUGCAAAGAUCAGGGCAUUAAACUGAUCAAGCACCCCAAAUCGGGGAAAGACGCCAUCCCGAUCCUCGACCGAACGGUCAUGUUGAGUGGCACCCGAGUCAGUGCUGCAAAAGUGAAGCAGGAGGUCCACGACCAGAAGGGGGAGGCAAAAAAAUCCUUUGCAAGAGCGCGUCAGGAUUUUGAGGUUCAAACCAACACGAAAGCAGAUCUGGACAAGGCCUUGGCCGAGGGGAAGGAUGAUGAGAGCGAUUCCAGUGACUCCGAUUCGAGUUCCAAUUCAUCUUCUCCCACAUCCAUGAAGCUGCAGUCAGCAGGUUCUGAGGAUGCGAAACCUGGCUCCAAAGCCAAACAAAGGAAAGUGAGUCUGGGCGGAGAGGAGUCGACAGCAGGGGCUUCGCCAAGGACUUCUGAAAAAGAAGAGCAGGUAGAGAAGAAUCGGGACAAGAAUCAUGAGCGAACAGAAGCUACACUCACUGCCUGCCAAAAAGUCAGGGAUCUUCUAGUCGAGCUCACGCCAGACGUGGUCUGGCGAUCGUUGGUUCGGACCACAGAGCUGGAACGACGACUUGCCAAGGUGGCUCCAACAGAACGGGAUUUGCAAAAGAUUUCCGCCAGUGGAGACAAAGCAGACCGACAACAGAAGGCUCGAGCAUCGCAUCUUCAGGAUGAAAUCCAGAGCUUGUCAGAAACUGUGAAUGCCAUGAAGCUUACCUUCCAAAUGGUGAGGAGCUCGGAGCCGUCUACACUCAUCCGGGAGGUGUCCAGCGGACAGGACCUCCCAAAGUACGUUCAGCAAUUUGCCCACAAGCUCUUCAACACGGACGUCACAGUCUUGAUUGACUUUACUCAUUCUAUCGCCAAGAAAUUGGUGGAGGCAUUGUGGUUUUGA